CGAUCCCAUUGUUGAAGAUCCUCGAUCCUCGUUUCAUCCGCUUUUCAGGAGUAUUGGAUUUUCCCCAAACACUCUAAUGCUCGUGGAACACACUCUGUUGAUAUUUCUGACACCUGUGCUGAAUUAGCGCAUUCCUAUCUUUCGAAGAGAACAUACCAAGAUUGCGCAGCCGUCGGUUCUCAAAGGAGGUAUGCACUGCGCCGGACUUUGACGGUAUGGCCGUUUCAUGUAAGUUAAAAGUCGAUCGAAGAUCAUAAGUAAUAGCACAUGACUAUACUCUGUGCCCGAUACUGAGACAUGGUCGAUAUACAGCACCACUGAUUACAGCUCUUUCCAGCUCUCAGCAAUAAACGAUGGGUAAUAUUGGUAUAGAUUGCGCCUACGUUGCUGCAUACCUUUCGACAUUUCUAUAUGGCGCGUAUGUUGUGAUCGCCUACCAUUGUAGCGUUGUCUUGCAUCGUCGCUACAGAACAAAGCGGCUGCAUAUGUACCUUCUGGGCACCCAUAUUGCCUUAUUUCUUCUUAUAACUUGGCACUGUAUAGCGACCAUGGCCCACACUCUGAACGGUGUAAUCCACAUAGCUCCUGAUGGUAUUAUCGAAUUACAACCGCCUUGGUCCGCCUGGAGCCUCGUUGAAAAUACACCAUGGGUUAUGACUACAAUCGUCGCCGAUGCUUUCCUCGUUUAUCGCACAUACAUCGUCUGGAUGCAUAUAUACCUCAUAAUAUUUAUCCCUCUGUUGCUCUUCGUAGCGGACAUUGCAAUGGGAAUCUACUUUUUGAUCGGCAUGACGAAUUCCAAUACGAGUUUCCAAGGGCUAACUCAUUUAACAACUGCCUUCGCCGCUGUGACACUCUCCGCUAAUAUCGUUUGUACCGCUCUUAUUUCCUUUCGCAUCUGGAUGGUGCGCCGCAAUAUAACGGAGACGACUCAAGGCCUCGACCCUUUGAACGGUGUCAUAGUGCUCAUCGUGGAAUCUGCCGCUGUUUACACUGUCGUCCUUAUAGCCCAAAUAAUUACACUGGGUCGCGAGAGCCGCAUUUCGUUUGUGCUCUUUGACAUCCAGUCUCCCAUCAUUGGCAUCGUCUUCUCCAUGAUCAUCAUUCGUGUCAGUGAAGGACAAUCUCAUGGAUAUACCAUCGGAACAAGGACCGCUGGCCUUGCAUGGCAACACACUACCACUGAUGAAACCGCCGCAGAUACAGAGAUCAGAUCGCGUGUAAUUGCAGACACGGAUAACGACGACAUCGAGGCUCAGCAUCCGGACUUUCGAAAUGCCUCCACAGAGAUGUGCCAUGAUUCAACAGCAUACAAACGUAAUUCUCUACAAGCUGUAGAUUAAGCGCCCGUAAUAAUACUAAUUAAUAAUUAACAAG